CGGCUGGAAUGGCGAAACCCAAGAAAAGAACCUCUGAAAAUGUCUGUUUGAACGCGUUUCCAUUUCCUAGUCUUCCACCUCGCCACGGGACCUUGAUUUUUUCCACGCUUCUUCUCUUCCCCCUCUCUCUCUCACGCGCUCACACACGGCUCGAACCUCGAAGCUUAUUAAAGACAAGAAAAGGAUCGGCAUGGUAUCAGCUCCCUCGCUUUGACUCUGCUCCUUCGUCUUCCGCCACUUUCGAAAUUUAACUCGGUUUCACAGUUUCAGACCGUCGCGGCUGAUUUUUAUUCUUUCAUUGUUUUUGGCUUAAUCUCUAGAGGUUUUUUUUUUUAAAAAAAGAUAUUUGGUUCGUGUUACAUCCGGGAGAAAAACACCACAGUUUAGUACAGUGCAAAGAAUAAGAAAGAUCAAUCACCAAGUAAAGUGAACAUUAGGCUUUUAAUUUUGCGUCUAAAAGAUGGGAACAUCAGGGCUUGAUGAUAUAGACCGGCACGCCGUUUCUUCGUCAUCGUCAUCUGCCGGGGUUGUAAAUACGACUGAUGGAAACAGCACUGCCAGUUCUGUAAGUGGAACGUGGUAUGGAGUGCGGUUGCCUUCUCCAUUGUCCGUUUUACUGGAAUACUCUGGCCGUCUCCGCUCGAGCUCUUCAAUUGGCUAUUAUGAGUCUGUGAUUGACAACAACGAAGUUGCUGCUUCUGAAUUACGACCUGACCGUCAAACCUCUUCGUUGGAUUCUAGUGCUGCAACCGUUUGUAGUGGCCGCAGCGAUAGGUGUUCAGGGGAAGUUGCGAUACGAAUUGGUGGAGCAGUUGAACAGAAUCACGAUGCAGGGUUGGGUUGGGUUUCUUCGUCGUCUCAAAAUCAGUCUGUAGACGAUGAUUUGAUGGGAAAUGAAGGUGGAAUGCCUGUGCUGGACGAGGAUGCUGAUGGUAGCAAUGGAAUUACGGCUGGUGAGAGAACUCCUCUUGUGUCCUCAUCAUCGUCUCUAGCAGGUAGUACUAGUGGGCAGGAAGACACUGGUUCUGGGAAUGGCCCCGAAAGUAACCUUCGGGAUUUAUCGUCUCACGAAAGUUAUAAUUUUCAGCAACUUGCUAAAUGGCUCGAACAGGUUCUUCCUUUCUCGCUGUUGUUGUUGGUUGUGUUCAUUCGCCAGCAUUUGCAAGGUUUCAUCGUCACAAUUUGGAUUUCAAUCGUGAUGUUCAAGUCAAAUGAAAUGGUUAAGAAGCAGACAGCUCUAAAGGGAGAUAGGAAAGUCUCAGCUCUUAUCAGUAUGUCAUUUCUCUUCAUGAGCCAUGUGAUAGGCGUUUACUGGUGGUACCAAGAUGAUGAUCUUUUGUGCCCACCACUCUUCUUGCUUCCUCCAAAAACCACACCUCAUUUCUGGCAUGCAAUAUUCAUCGUUCUGGUUAACGACAUGCUUGUGCGGCAAGCGGCAAUGUCUUUGAAGUGUUUGCUACUUAUAUAUUUCAAAAAUGACAGAGGUCACAGCUUCCGUCUGCAGGCUCAAAUAUUAACUCUGGUUGAGCACACAAUGCUGCUGUACCGUACCUUGUUGCCAGCACCUGUUUGGUACCGAUUUUUCUUAAACAGGGAAUAUGGAAGUCUCUUUUCAUCGCUGACCACAGGGUUGUACCUAACUUUCAAGUUAACAUCUAUUGUUGAGAAGGUCCAAUGCUUCUUUUCUGCAUUAAAAGCAUUGUCAGGCAAGGAUAUUCUUUAUGGUGUUUAUGCUACAAAGGAACAGGUAAAUGCCGCGGGUGACCUUUGUGCUAUAUGCCAGGAGAAGAUGCGUGGUCCUAUCCUGUUGCGCUGUAAACACAUUUUCUGUGAGGAGUGUGUGUCAGAAUGGCUUGACAGAGAAAGAACUUGUCCACUAUGCCGGGCAUUGGUGAAGGCUGGUGAUAUUCGGUCUUUCGGUGAUGGAUCAACAAGCCUGUUUUUCCAGCUAUGUUAAAGCCAAGUUCUUUGAGUUGGAGCAAUCACAUUGAGCUAUCAUUUCCUGAAAAUCUUGAAGAAACUGUACUCUGAUCGGCUGAUUUACCUGAAGAGCUUCAAGUAAAGCAUCAAACAUCGAUGGCUUCAUCACUCGUUCCUGUGUUCUGUUCAGAUUUGGGCUUCACUUUAGCUGCCAGACGCUGAGACAAUGGGGAAUCCACUUGAUUAUAUUUCUCAUAUGUCAAUUAUUCUGAUGAACACAAAUUUUGUUCAUCAUGUUAGACGCUUGUUAAAUUCAUGCCCCUUCUUUUCUUUUUUUUCUUCUUUUCUUCUCUGUAUUUUUAGGUGCCAGUCAUCUGGUCCAUCUUUAUCCUUCGUGUUAUUGAAUAUCCUUCACAAUAUGCUGUGCAAAUUUGUGAAUCGUGUCAUUCUUCCACUUGUUCUGCCACUGCAAGCAAUUACAAGACAUUAUUUAGAUGGGUGAACAGUUAUAGUUUACAA